CCUGCCAAAGCCUAAAACCCUAACACCCCAAUUAGAGCUUUAAACCACAGAACAGAAGGUCACACAGAGGUCGAUCAAUUCUAGGAAUGGCGAAACCAAGCGAAACGGCUAUGGAAGCCCUUCACCAACUGAAAUCCACUGAUCCUCCGUCAUGGCUAGUACCAUCUGCCACACUAUCCGAGACGGCGCGGACGGCGUCUCAGCACCUAUUUUCUUCCCUCAAGCCCUACGUCCCCAAAUCGCCGUUCGAUCAACUUUUAGUUGAUGGAUUUCACGCGGAGCAGAUUUGGCAGCAAAUUGACCUUGUAUCGCAGCCUCUUCUCUCCAACCUCCGCCGCCAAGUCAAGCACAUGGAAAAGCAUCCUGAGGAACUCAAAAUAGUGCUGAAGGAGAAGAAAGAGAAUGAGGUUCCAAAAAAGGAAAGGAAGGUCUUGGAGGAGAAGGAAGCUAAUGUCUUUGAUGAUGAUGACAUGGAUAUGGAUGAAUUUGAUGAUGAUGAUGAUGAUGAUGUGGAGGAGGAAGAGGAGGAAGAAGAAGAGGGACAAAAAGGAAUUGAGGAUGAAUAUAGUGAAGAUGAGGAUACAGAAAUGGGAGAGAAGAAAGUGAAAGGAGGGAUAGAGGAUAAGUUUUUGAAGAUAAAAGAAUUGGAAGAGUAUUUGGAGGACGAUGAGGCCAGGGAAUAUGGAUUAGAUAGAAAGAAGAAGAAGGACGAGCGGAAAUAUUUAGAUGAACUAGACAAAGAGGAUGAAGAUGAAGUUGAAGAAGGAGAGGAGGAUGACGAAGAUGAGGAAGAGGACGAUGAGUUUGAUGAUGGAGAUGAAGAUGCAGACAAGUUGGGAAAUGCAAGAUAUGAAGACUUCUUUGGUGGUAAAAAGAAGGCAGUUCCAAAAAGAAAAUCCCAAUUAGAUAAUGAGUCCAAUGAAGACUCAGGCUCAGAUGAUAAAGAGGGUGUGAGGGUGGUAGAUGAGAAAAAGGGUGGUCUUUCUACCCAUGAAAAACAACUUGAGAAGCUUCGGUCUGAGAUAGAGCAGAUGGAGAAAGCAAAUUUGGAGCCAAAAUCUUGGACAAUGCAAGGAGAGGUGACAGCUGCUAGCAGGCCCAAGAACAGUGCAUUAGAAGUAGAUUUGGAUUUUGAGCACAAUGUUAGGCCUGCUCCUGUAAUCACAGAGGAGGUUACUGCAUCACUCGAAGAUAUGAUUAAGAAUAGGAUCAUUGAGGGGCAGUUUGAUGACAUUCAGAAGGUUCCUAGUUUACCCUCUACAGCACCAAGAGAAUUAAAAGAAUUGGAUGAGAAUAAGAGCAAGAAAGGUCUUGCUGAAGUUUAUGAGGAAGAAUAUGUUCAGAAGACAAACCCAGCUGCUGCUCCAUUAUCCUUCUCUGAUGAACAAAAGAAGGAGGCAAGUGUUCUGUUUAAGAAACUAUGCUUGAAACUGGAUGCUCUAUCUCACUUCCACUUUGCUCCAAAACCUGUUAUAGAAGACAUGUCAAUACAAGCAAAUGUCCCUGCUCUUGCUAUGGAGGAGAUUGCACCAAUGGCAGUUUCAGAUGCAGCCAUGCUGGCGCCUGAAGAAGUCUUCUCUGGCAAAGGGGACAUUAAAGAAGAAGCUGAACUUACACAGGAAGAGAGGAAGAGGAGGAGGGCUAAAAAGAAAAGAAAAUCUAAAGCUGAAGCAGUAAAAAGGAUGGUGAAGAAAGGACGAGACAACACCUCGUUGCUAAAUCACAAUGAUGACAAAGAGUAACAACUAAAUUCAUACCCAAGGAGAUCCGUGAACCAGUUUCAACUCGUUUUUUCAAAGUUAUGGCCACUAGAUGGACAGGGGAAAACUCAAAAUAGAGGCCUAAUUAUUUUAUGAAGAUAUCUCUCCUGAAUUCCUCUUGAAAAGGUUGAGGAGCGUUGAGAGAAAUCAAAUGAUACCAAGAUGGAUGAGAAAGAUUGCAAAAUACUCCAAGGAAAACUUGAGAAGUUAGCCUCCAUUAGGAUCGAACAUAAAAUUUUGUUGUGUAAUUAGUCAACCUGUGAAAUAUUUGAGGUACGGGCUGAUCAUGUUUUUUUAUGACACAUUAUGAUUAUUCGUAUUCUUUCACUCGGCUGUUGUGGCAACGGAAUUUAAAUUAUCCUUUACUUGAAA